AGUUUUGUAGUCCUACCAAAGCUCAAAGUACACAAACAACUUGGCUUCACUUUGGAACACAUGGCUACGGUGCUGCAGGGAAAUGAAAACAACGUUUUGAUAUCCAAGUAUUUAUCUUUAAAAAAUUACUUCCUUUAAACUUGUUGGAAACUGAUAUGUCACCAGUAUUCGGAUUUGUUUGACCAAAAAAGGUGCCUUGGUUGAAGAUGGAUGCAGUACCUUGCAGUUGGAACACUACAAGAGUUCAGGAGUCGUUUGCUCGGACUAAGCCUGCCUCAGACACUCUAACAAAGCUGGCAAAACUUGUGGCACAAAAGCAAGAGAGUCAAAGCCAAAACCAACUACUGCCUGAUGUGUGCCCGUGUGUGUGCGCAGACAUGGCUGAGUUAUUGCACCACCAGCAGGGAGAACAUGCCUUACGUAAGUGUCAUCGCUGCCUUUCCUGUGGCAAAGAGUUUUCGCUCCUAUCCUCUUUGCAGUUGCACAAGUGCAUUCAUGAUGCUGCUCCGUGUCAGCUCUGUUGUGGUAAACCCCAGCUAGGUGCUCCAUGCAGUGCAUGCAAGGCUUCAACCUCAGACUCUCAGAGUGUUCAGGAUAAGUCCCUUUAUCACCAGUCCCACCAUCAUGAUAGCAGAUCAUAUGCCUGUGCUCCGUGUGGUAAAAGCUUUAGCCAAAAGCAGUCUCUGCUUCACCAUCAGCAGACUGGCUGUAGUAAAUCUGCCUCACGAACUUCAAAAGUCGUCAGCCCUCCCGCUGACACUCCCUCGCCUGAAUCUGCCAUCUUGUACUCCUCUCCCCCUGACUCUCCCCCCCCUGAUGCCACUAGUGUCCCAGAUCCUGACAGGCCAAGCCAAUGCCAACUUUGCGCCAAGAGGUUUCGCUCAGGGGCUGGCCUUGCAUGCCAUCAGCGAUCCACCCAUCGGGAGGAGUGGAUCAUCUCUAAGUGUCCUCUACUAAAAGGAGGAUGCACAAAUGGGGUUAAUAUUUUAUCGAAUCAGAUGGCUGGGCCAUCCCAACCAAAAAGAAGAGGCAGAAAGAGCCAGCUCCUCUCCUGUCGUUCCUGUGACAGGGUCUUCCUAAGCACUGCCAAGCUGUACUUGCACAGACAAGAGUCCCACAGCAGAGAGAAGGAUAUCAGAAGAGAUCCAAGGCCACUGAUUAGCAAGCGGAGGAAAAGAGAGACAUACCCAUGUGAAGUUUGUGGUAAAGUGUUCUUGCACCACUUGUCACUUAAAGCACACGUCAAGAAUCAUAGUCAAGAACCACCAAGCCAUGUUCAGCAGGUUGGGAAAGCAGCCAAAGAGACCAAGUUAGGUGAGAAGAUGCCAAAAAAGCCUAAAAGCAACCUAUCACGGAAGGUGGGUGGAACAUUGGUCAAGGCUAGCAGAGGGAGACCAAAGAAAAUCCCAGAAGAAGAGGGAGAGUUUCCUUGCCCAUCUUGUGCUGAGGUGUUUUCUUUGCAGUCUGCCCUGAAGGAGCACGAGGAGUUGCAUCAGCCUACAGGGAGUAUGAGACAGUGCAGCGUGUGCAGUCAGGGCAUGGGUAUCUCUAAGAAGCCUGGGGCCAAGCUUCGGAGGGCCUACCAUUGUGUUCCCUGCUUGAAGGCUUUUGUAACACUGGACACUUUCUUACAACACUGCCAAGAUCACCUUGUUGUCAGUGGCGAUGAGGAAGGGAGCAAUUUAUGACCUUGACAGCAAAAUGUGAGAUGUUGUACUCUUCCUUUUUUAGUUUUUUAACAAGCUGUACUGAGUUCCCAAGAGAAUAUUAUGUGUUCAUGUACAUUUAAAAAUAUGUUUAGACCACUCACCACAAUAGCUGUUUGAAUGUAAUUCAUAUCAACAUGUGAUUUCAAGUUGCAACAAAAAAUGUUUUUGUGUGUGUGCUGUCUGAUACCAUUAAUUUUGUGACUGACCAACAGUGGUACGCUGUGAAAGCAGUACAGAAACAGUCUUACUAGGCCUAAAUCCUCUUGAUUUAGACCUUUUAUAUUCCUUUACAAAUGUUGAUCGGAUCCAACCAUCCAUUUGUCGAUAUGGUUUAAAUUAAAUGAAUAUACACAAUAACUAAUUUACUAUGUUGCUGCAGCAUUAAAGGUCCAAUGCAGCAGUUUUUUAWUUUUUUUAUCUCAAUAUCAGAUCAUUUCUGGUUAACAAUUAAGUACCUUUACUGUGAUUUGUUUUCAAUUUUAAUGAUCAAAACGGGGAAAAAGACGGAAAAAAUAGCAAUUUCUCAAGCAAGAWUUUAGCUAGGACUGUCUGGAAGUGGCCUGACUGGGGAGUGGAAAACUGAAAGCUGUUAUUGGGAUUGAGGUUUGGAACUCUUUCUUAUUUGCUAUUAAAGGGCAUUAUAAUAAUUUUCAAAAUUUCACAGUAUUAUUCCAACCUCACAGUGUGGAAAGAUAUACUGAGUAUAACGAACAUUAUGAACACCUUGCUAAUAUUGAGAUGCCCUCAGAACAGCCUCAAUUCGUCRGGSCAUGGACUCUACAAGGUUUUGAAAGCAUUCCAYGGGGAUGCUGKCCCAUGUUGACUCCAAUGCUUCCCACAGUUGUGUCAAGUUGGCUGGAUGUCCUUUUGGGUGGUGGACAAUUCUUGA